AUGUUAAAGUUGAUGUUAAGUUUUGUACUUUUUUCUACUUCAUGUGAAGAACUUCCUCGACGUAAUUAUCUGCCCACGCAAUUAUUGUCUUUGGAAGUGAAGAAAAUCCUUCACGUGACUUUACCAAUUGAACUUGAUGCUACCCUUUCUCAGCUUUGCUCACACGUGUUGGCCAAACAAGAUGAUUCACGUAAGAACGUUUGGUGA